CCGCGCAUCCAUCCAGCGCGACUGCCGACCACCCACCACCGCGGCAGGACGAAGUUCGGUUUCUGCUUGCGGCGUUUGGAAGUUGUGUGGGAACAGUCAGCGAUGUCGAGGUGGUUAACGUCGGAGCUGGAAGGGUGUCGCGUCCUUUUGCGAACCUACGAUGGAGAUCGAGAGGGAAUCGUCGUCAACGUCUCGUCCGAGACGUCCAGAAUCACGCUCAACAAAGUUAUUGAUGUAGACACGGACACUUCAAUCAAUGGUCUGAUGCAUUUCUAUGGCCAGAACAUCAAGUCUUGCGUGGUUCUCGACAGCUCCGCUCGCAAGAAGUCGCUACCCGAGAGAGAAGAAGAGGGGCCGCGGCUUCUCAGGGUUCGCCCCGUGCCGGCACAUCUCGAGCGCCUCAACGCUUCAAUCCACUCUCGCGAAUUCAUCUGUCACCUAUUCGACGGCGACGACUCGGAGAUCAUCACCAAGGGACGUGUGCAGAUGAUGGGAUCGCCGGAACAUCUGCCCAAGCUUCGCCACCCAAUGGCAACGGAGUUUGAAGUGGUGGACCAAGCUGACGUGGCCCUCGACAAUGCUCUGUCUGCCAUCAAUCGAGAAGCAUCGAUUGCAGUCGGCUUCGAAGGCAGUCCAGUGGGAAGGAACGGAUGCCUCUCGGUACUCGCGGUUGUCGCAGGAACCAAGGUGUUCAUCUUUGACGUGUUGACCUUGAAGGACGCCCUGUUUGACAAGGGGCUGCGCCAAGUUCUGGAGUCAAAGGCCAUUGAAAAGGUGAUCCACGGCUGUCGUCACCUGUCGGACUGCCUUUACCACAAGUUUCGGGUUCAACUCGACAACGUGUUCGACACUCAGGUGGCCGACCUGUUCAUACACUACAACCGACUUGGCAACGACCGCGGCGGCUGCCGGCUGCCUUCUUUCGUGCGUGGGGUGCAACAGUGCCUCAGGCACUUCUUGCACCUGAGCCAUGACCAGCUCAAGUACACCCGCUCCCGCCAGAACCAGCCGGAGGGGGAACUGACGGUGUGGCACCAGCGGCCCCUGUCUCUGCGACAGCUGGAUGCCCUGGUCAAGGACGUGGCCUUCCUGCCCGAGCUGCGCCGCGUCUGCCAGGAAGAGUUUGCCUCGGGCUUCUGGAGGGGUGUCCGCUACAACCUCUGCCUCAACCGGGACCUCGAUGCCCAGGAGCUCGAGUACGCCCCGCCGGAACACAUUGUGCCCCCUGGUCUCAAGGACGUCUUCAACCGCAACGCAAACUUCCUCAACGGGCGAUCCAACUCCCACGGGUACCGGGAAGAGGAAGGGGGCAGAGAAUUCUACGGUUACCACGACAGCGGGAGAGGUGGCAGUCGCGGCAGCUUCUGGCAGCGACCCAAGCGCGGUUUCUCCCGCUACACGAACGGAGGCCAGCACAAUGGCUACGGCCAGGAAACGAACGGGCAUGGCUGCGAUUGGAACAGCGGUCUGUUCCACCGCGUGAACCGGCGUUUCCCUCCUGAGCAAGACAACGAAGAACGUGCUGCGGGAACCGAAGAUUCCAUCCUGCACCUCGGACUCCGUAACGGACUGGCGGGACUGUCCCUGAAGAACAACCAAGUGUCGUCCAAAGCUCCUCUGGAGGCCAGCGGUGUACCAGAACCAUUGACGACUCCAGAGGUCAACAGCGUUCAACGGCCUUCCAGCAAUAACUCUGCCUGGGGAGGCCAGGUUACUUCGACCACUCAUCCGCACUUCGAAUCGGCCGAAGUUAGCAGAUCAGCCAAAGCGAGCGGAUCAGUCGAAGCAAUCGUUGCGAAGACGGAUCACGUGGUUCGGAACGCGGAACGAGCUCCGAGCGCAACCUCCGACUGGGGAAUGAGGGAGAUUUCCUCGACAACUCACCUGCGCUUCCGUCCGGCCGACCUGAACGUCGCGAAGAUGGCGGAGUAACAAGCGCGACAUUUCAUUUCGUCCCAGCCCAAGUUGGGUUCAUCAGGUCCCGUGUUCAUCUCUUGUCAUAGUCAUGAGUUAAAGAAAGUCAAUAAAUGAAGAUACAACUAUA